GAGCUCAGUGUAAGCGACGACAUGUUGUAUCAGGACGCAGGGAGAUAAAGAUGAAAGGGUCGAAGCCUGGUGCCUCCUGUCUCCGUCCUGUCCCAUCCUCACCCAGUCACCAGAGGUGCCAUGGUCGCCUACCCCUCCCUGAGUCCAUCUUCUACUGGGUGGCCGGAGUCGGCAGCAUCAUUUACACCUUCUACGUCGUACACCAGGAGUCCCAGAAAUUCUUCAUUGAUCUCAGCAAGGAGGACUUUGUGGAUGGAUGGAAUUUUCUUCCUUACAAGAAGGAUAUUUCAAAUUUUGAAUGGAACUUUUGGUCCAGCUACUUCUGGGAGAUUCUGCCAUGGGGAAUUGGUCAUGUGGUCAUAGCUCGGACAGUGGACACUUACUUCUUCCAUCUUCGAAAGCCAGUGUUUCUGACAUACUCCCUCGUGAGUGUGUCGUAUCUCCUGGGCUACCGAACAGUGUUGUUCUUCAUCUCACAUGGGUGUAUUUGCUACCUGGCGUCCUCGGUCGGCAGCUUCGUCCUGGUGUGGGUUGUUACUCUUCUGCUGCUGUCUACUCUCAACUAUGAAGCAUUUGCGCCACUCAUGCAACAACUUUGUGGUAUCCCGAAAACAAGGGAAGGAUACUACCUGUUCAUAUUUGUGUUGGCACUGGUCAUUCUGCGCUAUGCCAGUUUCAGUCUCGAGAGAAGCAGAUACAUUGCUGCAAAGGGGGAUAACUCUGUUUCCAAGGAGAAGACAACUGACAAUGACGACUUCUCCGUGGCAGAUCUCUUGCUGUACAUGUUUUAUUUGCCUCUCUUCUUCACUGGACCACUCAUCACUUAUGACAAGUUUAAACUGCAGAUGAAUUCACCCCCAGCUGCAUGGACAAGAGACCGGAUAAUUACUUCCAUAAAGGGAUUCAUACGUGUGUUUUUCUGGGCCUUCUUCUUGGAGCUUUCCCAUCACUACCUGUACUACACCGGCCUGCUUCACAACAUCACCGCUGUACAGGAGAUGUCACUGUGGGCCCUUGUGGGCAUCGGCUACACGGUGGGUCAGUACUUCAUGGUCAAGUACUUGGUGCUGUAUGACCUUCCAGGUCAAGUGGCCAGACUAGACGACCUUGACCCACCACUUGGACCAAAGUGCAUCUCGUACAUCUACCGAUAUUCCGAUAUGUGGAAGUUUUUUGACAGAGGUCUGUAUACAUUCCUUAGAAACUACAUCUACAUCCCCCUGGGUGGGUCUCAAGCAGGGAUGCUGAUGCGUCUCCUGGCAUCCAUGAUGUGCUUCCUCUUCAUCUACUUUUGGCACGGGGAGGAGUACUACCUGCUGCUGUGGUCUAUUGCAAACUACAUUGGAUGCUCCCUGGAGCUACUUGUCGGACAACUGGAAUACACAACAUUUGUCACAAAUAUAAAGGCAAGAUACCUGUCGCCAGCAAUGGUUCGACGCCUCCACUGUGUCCUGGUCGUUCCACUCUUCCUCAUGUCCUGCUUUGCUGUCUUCUACUUCUUCGGAGGGCUGGCGUUUGGAGACGUCUUUCUCCAGAGACUUGUAACUCAAGUAAAACAGGUUGCCCAGGGAGGUGGGCGGGUGUCUUUACACGUCGACUGCAGCCGCGAGACUGACUCUUCGUCCCGUAUGACGACGAAGUCGCGAUGCCACAUCAGACGACGCCCAAGCGUGCAAGCUUAG